AGUGAUACGACGGACCAUAGCACGCAUCCAGGCCCUCUUCGCCCCGCGAGCGUUCACCGCUCCCAAAUGCAACCGCAAGCGACGACGCCGUUCCUCACUGUUUCUCCGUCCCAGUUGCUGUGUGUGCGAGUCGUCGGCAGCGAGGAGUUAUUUUUUUACUACGGUCGCGUCGCUCCCCCAAAAGCACGUGGUGUCAAACGCGGCCUCCGAAAACGCCACAAACGUCAGUGAUCGUGGUCGAGCUUCGGUUCUGAUUGAUUUUGUUGUUGUGCGAGUGUGGAGGUGUAGUUUUGCGUUUUUACCGUUCCUUCGACUGCAUGUUUCAGAGCCGGUUUUCAUAAAUACAAACAUACAGUAUGACUGAAGACAGCGAGGAAAACCGAUUGAACGGGGGAUGUGCCGUGGUCGAUGAUGGUGGCAGCAAUGUAACACACAGAUCGCAAAAUCGCGUCGCGGAAGACUCGAAAACGAUCAAAAACGAUGUUACGGUUAACGGUGGUGCGGAGAGCAAAGACAAUGCUGAUAGUGAUGAUAAUUUUGUGCCUUCCAUACGGUGGCCUGAUUUGAUAGCGCAGCUGUUCAUUCACUUAGGGUGUUUAUAUGGAUUUUUUCUGUGCCUUGUAUCAGCCAAAAUUUAUACUACAAUAUUUGCAUUCCUUACAGUGUACAUCUCAGGUUUCGGCAUCACCGCUGGUGCUCAUAGGCUUUGGUCGCAUCGAGCCUACAAAGCCAAAUGGCCCCUUAGGUUACUUCUAGUCAUUUUAUUUACUGUAACAGGCCAGAGACAUGUUUACGUAUGGGCUUUAGACCACAGAGUUCAUCACAAAUACAGUGAAAGCGAUGCAGAUCCUCAUAAUGCUAAACGAGGAUUCUUCUUUUCUCAUGUUGGGUGGUUGGUGGUUACUCCACAUCCAAAAGUCGUCGAAAAACGCAAAGCUGUGGACAUGAGUGAUCUAGAAGCUGAUCCCAUCGUCAUGUGGCAAAAGAAGUUCUAUCCACCUUUAUUCUUCAUUUUCAAUAUUUUUUUGCCUGUUGCUACACCCGUAUACUACUGGGACGAGACCUUAUGGAAUUCAUUUUGGAUUAAUUUUAACAUGAGAUUCUGUAUUACCUUAAACAUAGCCUUUUUCGUCAACAGUAUUGCGCACAUGUGGGGACAAAAACCGUAUGAUAAGUAUAUCAGUCCCGUUGAAAAUCUUGCGGUAUCUCUGGCGGCAUUAGGCGAAGGCUGGCACAACUACCACCACGUGUUUCCUUGGGAUUACAAGACCGGCGAAUUGGGCAACGUCUACAAUCCUUCUACCACGUUCAUAAACUUCUUUGCCAAAUUGGGUUGGGCAUACGAAUUGAAAAGUGUUUCACAGAAGAUGAUUGCCAGAAGAGCCAAUAAAAGUGGUGAUGGAAGCUAUCAAGAAAAGAACGUUUGGGGUUACGGGGAUUCUGACAUUGACAAAGAAGACCAAGAGGAGCUUGAGGAUAUGGCUGAUGAAAAGCGCUGAUUUAUUAUUUCUAGUAUUACUUACCUAAAUGUGAUUUUCGAGCUGAUAAAAAUUUGGCCAAUAAAUAUCCGCAUGUAUUAAUAGAUUUUGGUUCCACUAAUAGUUUAAUUAUUAAUUUUAAUCCCCGUUUUUAUAUUAUGUUUAUGGACCAAAUUGUAUUAAUUAUAAAUUGCAUUUAAUUAAAACAUAUUUCUUGUAUGAAACCUCAAAAUUGAUAGAGAAUGUCGUAAAUGUGAUUUUUUAAACAACUUGCAAAUCACUUUGUUGGCUUUAUACAGUAUUGAAAUAUUAUUUAGAAAACGCUAUAUUUCGACUAUAGACUAAUGUUUACUGCCUUUUGUUUGUUCAUUACCUUAAUGAACAAGUACAAUUGCUUUAAUUAAUUAAGGAAACAUGAAAUUUAAAAGCUUGAAAUUCUAGUAAUAAUGGUACUGCCUCACUUAAUUAGUAAAAGAUUGAUUUGUUGAUUUUAUUUAAGAUGUUUUGAACGUACAAUUGUGUUAAUAACUUGUUUCCAAAUAUAUUAAUUAACAAACGCACAAGUCAAAAUAUAAAGACCAAUUCAUAUAUAUUUUUCCAAGAUUUUAUACACUAUUUUCUAAUAUUUAUAAAAUGUUUAUAAAUAGAUAAAUUUAUUACGUAUUUUUUAUAUUUGCAAAAAAUUUAAUCUGAACCUGAUAUGUUCAAGAACAUAUUUGUCUUGCAAUAUAUAUAAAGAAAAUUCAACAAUCUCUAACUUAGUAUACAAUGUAUCACAGAUCCCAAAUACAUUUUUCGAUAAUUUAUGUUAAAAAACACUGUAUAACAAAUUUAUACUGUUCUUUGUAUCCAAUAUCAAAUUAAGUUACGUUGAUAGCAUUUUUUCCGCAUGAAGUACAAAGUUCAUGAAAUUGUUCCGUCAGAUAAAAAAUCUCAGUAACAAAAAAAAACUGCAAAUAAAUCAGUGGAACAGUUUGCUGCUUAUCUCAGCAUGCGCUUGGUUGAGAACGAAAAAAAUAUAUAUGGAUAUUUCCGGGAAUAGAUGUGAUUGAACUAUUUCAUGAAAAUUUUCGUUUUCUCCGGUAAAAAUACUAUCAAAUCCAUCCCAAUUGGUAUUAGCUGCAAUUACAAGAAACUUGGUGCACAGUGUAAUUUAAAUAAAGUGCUUAAACAAUAUUACAGUGCCUUGUGAAAAUUCUAUAGGAAGUACCUUCAAUUUUAAUGUUGAAUGGGUGCAUUUACGUUAUUUUCAUAGGUGCGCUUAAAUGGCCAGUUCAAAUAUUUAUUAUUAGUAAUUUUAUUUGUUGAUUGUUACUUUGAUAAUAUUAUUUAUAUAAUAGUAUUGAUUGUUACAUUUUAGUUGUAUAAUAAAUUUCUGAUUUAUGUUAUGUAUCCUAUGUUAAAUAUAUUAUUUUUAGUACA